UUCUCUUCAGUUACUUAACCAUGAUCACAGUUGUGAUGAUGAGUAGCUGCCAUGGAGCAUUUGUUACAGACCCGGAAUUGGAUACUAGCACUACUAUUACUACUACUAGUGGUAGAGUUGCCUUGUUCGUUUUCGGGGACUCGACUGUGGACCCCGGCAACAACAACUACAUCACAACCAUCCCGGAAAACCAGGCACAUUACAAGCCUUACGGCCAGAACGACUUCUUCGACCACCCCACCGGACGUUUCUCCGAUGGUCGUGUCAUUGUAGACUAUAUAGCGGAGUAUGCAAAGCUGCCAAUAAUCCCUCCAUUCUUGGGACCAACUAUUGAUUAUACCAAUGGUGUGAACUUUGCGUCGGGUGGAGCUGGUGUUCUUCCGGAAACCAAUCAAGGAUUGGCGAUUGAUCUUCCGACACAAUUGAGAUACUUUGAAGAGGUGCAAAAACGAUUGACAAAAAAGCUGGGAGAAGAGAAAGCAAAGGAAGUGAUAUCAGAAGCAGUGUAUUUCUUUAGUAUUGGAAGCAAUGACUAUAUGGCCGGUUACUUAGGUAAUCAAAAAAUGCAGGAACAAUAUAAUCCUGAACAGUAUGUGGGAAUGGUGAUCGGAAAUUUGACGCAGGCAAUCCAAGUGUUGUAUGAGAAAGGCGGUAGGAAAUUUGGUUUCUUGAGGUUGGCUCCGCUUGGUUGCUUGCCUUUCUUUAGGGCUGUGAACCUCAGAGCCACGAGAGGCGGAAGGGGCUGUUUUGAAGGAGCUUCUGCUCUUGCACUAGCUCAUAACGAUGCAUUUAAUAAUGUGCUCGCAAACAUUGGAUAUGUGCUCAAAGAGUUCAAGUACUGCAGCUCCAAUUUCUAUGAUUGGCUUCAGGAAAGAAUAGAUCAUCCUAACAAAUAUGGUUUCAAGGAUGGAAUCAAUGCUUGCUGCGGAAGCGGACCAUAUGGAGGCUCGUUCACCUGCGGAGGCACAAAGGAGGAUAAAGAUUACCAGUUAUGUAACAAUGCUGAUAAUUAUAUAUGGUUUGACUCUAUCCAUGUAACAGAGAGGAUCCAUGAGCAACUUGCAAAGGGUCUGUGGAAUGGACCACCUUCUUCUGUCGGGCCAUAUAACCUAGAAAGUCUCUUCUUUGAGAAGGAGAAGCUCACCAUAGGCGGCAUACUUGAUAAACCAGAAGCGGAUCAGUUCAUGUCCUUCUAAGAUCUCAGGUCAUGCAUCAAGUUUCUAUAUAACUGGCUAGAGCUAGUCAGAUACAAUUUCAAAUUUUCAAUGCUUUAACUGUUUUAUCAUAUAAGGUUAUAUAUGUAUUUGUGAUGUGAUCAUAUAUUAGAGUGAAGGCAUUAUCCGAGUCAUUCAUGUGUAUUGUUUGUUUUCUUGUAUUUGAUCGCAAAGAUUGCUCUGUUGUUAAUAACAUUGUUCACUUUUAAGAACUGGUUGUACUUUCCCAUAUCUCAUAGAUAGUGAGUUUAAUAUUUGAUUGGGGAACACUGUAAGACCAUGACACCAAAAUUAUGUGUAUAGGUUAAAUCCAUUUUUCAUUGUACAAAAACUACCCCGAUCAAUCUGUAAUUUACACA